AUUUUCCUCGAGCCCGACAUGUUCCGGUCUCGCGAUAGGCCGCUGGCUCGCGCGGCCGCCAUAUUGUGUGACACUAUUUUGAUUCGUAUCUCUCUGGAAGUUCGGAAAAGGAAAAGAGAAAUUAAGGCGGGGAGGCGCGGGGGAAGCGGGGCAAGAGUUGUGAGAAAAAAAAGAAAAGAGAAAGAAAAGGAACUCUCCGGGUGUGUGAACGCAGCGGGGGCCGCGGCGUGCCGUGCUCUGCUUCGCUUCCCCUCCCCGCCGCCUCAGCUCCGAGCCACCAAAACAGAGGAGGCCCGGCGGGCGCUAUUCAUUCCCCCCCGUUCCCCGCCUCUCCCGUCAGCGCCCCGGCCCAGCGGAGAUUCGGCGGCGGCGCCUCGGGUGUCGAAGGCGACCCGGGGAGCGGCGGCGGAGACGAUGCACAAGCUGUGGGUGGAACGUUGUCACCACUGAGGCCUAAGGCUGCUGAACGAAGUGAAGGACCGGUCCCAACCCGGCACCACACGAAUGGCCCAGGGAAGCCAGCAUAUUGACAUCCAGGUUUUGCACGACCUGCGCCAAAAGUUUCCUGAGGUUCCAGAAGGGGUGGUGUCCCAGUGUGUUCUGCAGAACAACAAUAAUUUGCAUGCCUGCUGCGAGUACCUGUCCCAGGUGAGCACAGGGUACUUGUAUGGUGAGGGAAACCUCAGCUUCCCAGAAGAGUCCAACUUGUCGCGACUCCAGAAUCACAUGACCCAGCUGAACCUGGACCUUCAGUCUCAGAAUGUGCAUGUGCCUUCGGCGCGGGAAGGUCAGAGGAUGAACGGCAGCCGAACUCUGACCCACAGCCUGAGCGACGGGCCCCUGCAGGGCACACAGCCUGGCCAGCUCUUCCAGUCUGAACCACAGUCAGCCCCUGCGCAAGUGCCCUCUGGUCUCAGUGUGUUUGGCAUCAUGGACGCAGCAAGGAAGCCACAGCCACCGCAGCACCUUGGCCUCUACCAGCUCAGUGGCAAGCCACAUGCUGCAGGGGGGCAGCAAGCACCUCGUUUCAACCCCAUCACAGUUACCCUGGCUCCCAACAUCCCGACGGGCCGUAACACCCCCACUUCUUUGCACAUACAUGGUGGGCCCCAGUCUGGCCUCAACAGUCAGCAGGGUAACUCCAUCUACAUCAGGCCUUAUGUCACCCAGUCCAGUACGAUCCGCCAGCAGCAGCAGCCUCAGUGCAGCCCCACCUACCAGAUCUCCCACCCUGCCUCACUGCCCUGUGGCAGGACGCUUCCCUCACAGCACAGCUCCUCGCAUACCUCGCCACACCAGUCACAGGGCCAUCAGACCUCACAUGUCUACAUGCCCAUCAGCUCACCCACCAACCCCCAAGCACCCUCUGUCCUCCAAACACCCAGUGGAACCUUGCCCUCUGGGGGUCCUUCUUCAGCUGCACCGGCCUCCUUCAGCCAGUACAACAUCCAGACCAUAUCCACCGGGCCGCGUAAGAACCAGAUUGAGAUCAAACUUGAAUCGCCCCAGCGGAGCAAUGCUGGCGGUGGGCCGCGCUCCUCUUCCUCCACUUCCUCAUCAUCUUCCUCCUCCUCUUGCCCUGCCUCUUCCUCCAUGGGCUCCAGUACCUGCCCCACGGCACCCUUGUCUAUUGGUGGCCCUGGCCCAAAUCGCAGCCAGCCUACUGUUUACAUCUCGGCCAGUCCACCAUCAGGGGCGACGGCUGCACCUGAUGAUCCUGCCAUGGCACCCUCCAGCUCCCGCUCCCAGCCUAAGUUUUACAUCUCGGCCAAUGCAACAGGUGACGACGCCAGUGGCCGGAAUCCCACCUUGUACAUCUCGGCCAACCCACCCCUGCAAGGUCCAAGCAGCGGGCGCAGUGUGCCGGGCCAGGUUAGCAUGUGCCCUGCCUUCAUCCACCAUCAUCCACCCAAGUCCCGACCCUCAGUGAGCGGAGGCACCACAGCCACCUCCCCCCGUGUAGUGGUCACCCAACCCAACACCAAGUACACUUUUAAAAUCACUGUGUCUCCAAAUAAGCCCCCAGCAGUUUCGCCUGGUGUGGUCUCACCAACUUUUGAGCCCACCAACAUCCUCAGCCUCCCCUCGGACCACUUUGCUGAGCCGGACCCCCAUCAUCUCUCGGAUCCCCUGUCAGCACACAGAGAGAGACCCAGUGAGCAACGCCGACUCAGCAUGGGUUCAGACGAUGCUGCCUACACUCAAGCUCUGCUAGUCCACCAAAAGGCCCGCAUGGAGCGGCUGUGGCAUGAGCUGGAGCUGAAGAAAAAGAAGCUGGAGAAGCUGAAAGAAGAGGUCAAUGUGAUGGAGAAUGACCUCACUCAGAGACGGCUACAGAGGUCCAACUCUGCCUCCCAGAUACCCUCUAUUGAGGAAAUGCAAAACUUGCGAUACAAAAACAGGAUACUGCAGAUUGACAUUGACUGCUUAACCAAAGAGAUUGACCUCCUUCAGACAAGAGGACCACACUUUGAUCCCAGUGCAAUUCAUAACUUCUAUGACAACAUUGGAUUCCUAGGCCCAGUUCCACCCAAGCCCAAAGGUACUUCAUCUGUUGAGUGUAUAGGGUCCGUAGACAGGAGGGGAAGGAAAAUUAAUGUCACAUCCAAGUUAAAGAAGGAUUCCUCCACUCCACCUCCUGCUGUCCCUCUGGAGUCCAGCACCAAGACCCCAAAGCCUGCGGCGGAUGCAGAGGAGGAUGAGGGAGCUCAUUGGAACUGCACGGCCUGCACCUUCCUCAACCACCCUGCCCUGAACCGCUGUGAACAGUGCGAGUUCCCACGCCACUUCUGAGCCACACCCUGCCCCACCCCACCGCAAGACUGCUCCUUGUUUUCUACCACCGUGUAUAACUCUUUAAAGAAGGGGGGUUUUCAUUUUCCAUGAGUUAAGGAAAUAUGGACAGGGUAUUUUGGGGUUUUUUUCCUCGUUUUUCUUCAAAGUUUUAUAUUUCUUGGGGUAGAAAGCUGCCCAUCAAGGGCAGACUUGACAGGACAGUGUUUACAGGUAGUGUUACUUAAACCAGCAGUGCUGAUGAUACCUCACCUUGGAGUGGACAGUCUGUGCAGGAGAUUCUCCCUUCACGCCUCCUGGCGAUUAGCAAGCGCGCACUCUCACGCUCACUUCUCCAAGGUGUCAUCAUGCCUUUGCCUUCCCUUCUGUGAUAUUUGGAAAAGAGGAGGAUUUGGGGGGUGACUGGGGCACUACAUCUGAAAGGAAAACCAGCAGGCUAUCUCCUUCCUAGUAUUUGUUUUUUUGGACUAUUGUGAUCGGUUCAUGCUCCCAGAGAAUGACCGGAAUAAUUUUGCAGUGUGUUUCUACCACCAAAGAGUGCCUUGUGUCCUCUCCCUCUGUAGCGCUCCAGUCUGUCUCCUAAAUCCACAGUUAAUGACAUGAAAACUAAAUUGCAUGCUUUGUAUGUACAGUAUACGUUGGAUUAAUACCCCAGAGUUUAUUACUGUACAUAGUUUUAGAAUGUGCUUUUAAAUGUGUAUUUCCUCACGCUAUGAAUCACUUUUAUUUCCUGUAAGUAUAGCAUAAUAGACUUAACUUUUUAGUUCUUUUCAAACAAAUAAGCACGGUGUCCCAUUUUAAGCUUUUUACUUGAUAAUCUGUGAGACAUGAAGCCUUGUGUAAAGGAAGAGCAAUAAUAAGAAACUAUGCACACAUGGACAUUUGCUCAAGACUGCUCUCUCUCUUCCUGAAAAAGUGGAUUUUGUUGUUCCUCCCAACGUACGAUCUGCAGAUGCAGCCAAGUCGAAACGAUGGCGUUUACCUGAGGUCCCAGAGAUAUUGGACUGGUUUGAGGCCCACAGACAGUGACACACAGCCGUCUUAUCUGACAACUGGAAUGUGGGUAAUGAUUGGGGAUAUUUCCACUUCUGUGAUGAGCGAGCUGUGCAUGUUUGUUACAUCAAUCUGGAAAAAAAAAGGAAAAAAAAAAAAAAAAAAACAACAAAAGGAUGAGCCAGGGUCACAGUUGAAGACCUUGACGUUGGGAAUGAAACGCACAUCUUGGUGGAAAGGGGCUGCUCCAAAGGGCUGUACUCCAUGGGACUUUUACUAUGCAGUAUGAAUUGAGAAUUAGUGUUUUGUCAAAGUUUGAGUUGUACUUAUUGAAUUAUUAUUCCCGUUUUCAGUAAGUGCCUUUCCUUCUGUCAUUUAUGUUCAGAAAACAAUGUUUCUCAAAGUGAAACGGGAUGAGGCAAAGGGGUCAGCAAUUUUUUUUCUUAUUUGUGAUUCCAUAGUGUUUUCCAUUUGCUCUAAAACCUUAGAUUUGUAAUGUUUUCAUGAGGGCUAAUAGUUCACAGUAGUGUGAAUUUAACCCCCUCCUUUUCCCCACACCAUACAAAAAAAAAUUUUUCAUCUCCUAAAAUUUGAAGUUGGUCACACAUUCACAUGCUGGUGCACAUAUUUGUUAGAAUGGUAAUUAUGUAAAUUAUCCAUACUGUUACCUAGUAUGUUAAAAUUAUAGAAACCAGACUGGUACAAAGUAAAAUCCCAGAGUUGUUUCUGAAGCACUUACAUCACAUGCUGUCAUGUUUCAGGUUUUAAGAAACCCAGUGUUCAGCUUCAUCUGCAGCUCGGUGUGAAGAUUGUCGGUUCAUACAUGGUUUAAUUAAAAACUAAUUUGGAUAUCUAAAGUUUUUGAGUUUAGCUGGGAAAACUGUCUUUGUAACAGAUAAAUUAUUUGUAAAAAUAAAAAAUCUAUCUGAA